AUGCCAGAGCCCGCACCACUGAAGAGUGCACUCAAGAAAGCAUCGCGGGCCAAACCACCGUUACCCUUCACUUCUAUCGACUUGGGGCUGCAGAGGAAUAAAGAAGACUUUGAUUCGUUGAUUGAGCGGUUUUUGUCGAAUGACAUAGUCGCCCAGUAUCACCAUCCACUCAGACGCCUCGAAGUCAAUCUCAUCCGAUUGUUGUCUCAGAAGGUCAACGUUCUAGUGGGGAAGAGGUAUAUGGGGAGGAACGCUCUGAGCACGGUUGAGCUGCUGGUUGAGAAAUAUGUGUUCAUCGCCAGCUUCCUCUGUAUAGGCAUCGCCCACGGACUCGAGAAGAACAAUGGCGUCAUCCCUGAACCCCAGAUUGAGCUGCUAUACAGUGUCAUUGAUGAGGGAGAUCUUAUCCUCACCUAUUCCUCCCGCCUUCGGGUCGACAAGAUCGACACGAGGGAGAUCGAAAAGAAGAAGGAGGUCUCGGACGACGUUUAUGCAGGGCUCGAACAUUGCAUGACCCGGCUCAUCGCUCUUGCGGACAACUGGAAGCCCAAAGUGGUAUCCCCGUCCAAAGAGUGGAUGACAGAGUUCGCCUCGCGCUGGGAUGUAGAUACUGUUAUCACUAGAAGCCUGCCGAGACCGUUGUGUGGAGUUAUACCGAGAAUCAAACUGUGAUUUUGUA